GUGAUUUCCGUGCAAGAAAAAGUCGGCGAGGAAAGUUUGCUCCGCGACAUGGCGCGAAGUGCGAAGCCGUGCAAUGCAUACGAACUGCUUGGACUGAACGACCCCAACGCGCAAGGCGACCCUCCCGCGACCAAUACGAAGAAGCCCAUUUUGACGCCAGCGUUGCUCCGACGCUUCAUUCACCUUCCGCACGUGGAGAACUUCAUGUUCCUUUUCGUCCUCUCUUUGAAUCCUGAAAAUUCAUAUGGUCUUCCAAAAGACAAGGAUCACAUGGCCGAUCAGGUCAUCGAACUGAGGAACCGGUUCAAAGAGUUGGCUGCGGUUUGCAACAAAACGCCGGGAUUUAAGCAGGCCCGAUUUUCUUACCACAUUUUAUCCGAUGCGGGAUUCUUCAGCUACAGGAUCAUCAUCUCAAUCGAUCGAUCAACCUUUAAGGGAUUACCACCAUGAAAUCGCUCUAAAAGUCAGAUUGCAAUAUAAUAUAAAUAU